CAUCAUAGUAAAAUGCGAAUCUUGUCCAGUCCUGUCAGAGGGACUGGACUGCUGUGGUUGCGUCGGCACUUCCUGUUGGGAAUGAUCGAUACUUUAAAGUGAAGCCUGUUGCAGGAGGAGGCUGAAAAACAACUGUCAUCAAAUGACAAGGAGUCCUGGAUUCAGUGACCGAUUAGUUCAUAAGGGAUCCAUGAGCUGGUGAGAUGGAGGAAGCUUACAGUGAACUGUACCAGCAGUUUCUCCACCUGAGGUCGCUUUGCCUGAGACAGGCAGCUCUGCUACAUCAACUCACAACAGCAUUGCAGAAACAGCCAGGUGCCGCUGUUUCUAAUGGAGAGUUGGGUGAUUUGAUGUCCAUCCCUGUCCAGUGUACCCAAGAAAUCCCUGUAUAUUUCCACGAAAAGCAUCAAACUUCCAAAUCAUGCAACCCUGCAGCACAUUGUGGCGUUGUUGGCCUCUCUAAAAACGUGGGGACCUUUUACGAUGUCCUAGCUGAAGAUAUAUCUAAGCUCAAUGUGGAUGUGCCUCAUCAGACGGGAAAGGCAGAUGGGAAGUCUGAGCAAAUGGUUGCACCCCUGUUAAGCUUUGACAUCCCGAGAUUGCAAGGAGCCUGUCCUCAUGUCUCAAAUGAUGCGGGGCACACAGAUAAUCGUGUUGGAGACAGGACAAUGCACACAGUGGGGAUGCCCGCGACAGGAGGCCCCUCCUUGUUUGGAGACAUGCUGAUGUCAGACGUGGUGCUGCAGUCUCAUGUUUGUGAGUUCUGCCAGGCGGUUUUCCCCGGGGACACAGCCACCAGAGGAGAGUUCCUACGCCAUCUGUACACCCACGUCACCUAGACUCAACUGAUCUGUCUUCUCUUCAUGACAUGAGUGUGUCUUUAUCAUUCAGCAACAAGAGUGACGCCAGUGCCAACGUGCCUGCUUUCUUUCACAUAGCCAACAAAAGUCUCCAGUGGUUCCAAAAGAAAAUGAGACUACUUCUACUUUGAUUUCCAAGAUUCACGUUUUCUUGAUGAGUGUAUGUUUCAAGUCUUCUUCAAUAUGUUGAUUUUGUAAACAGGUGCCAAUAUCAAGGCUUCAGAUUGAGUCCACUUUUUACAUUACCCUACAAUGCAGUGUUUAAAUGAUAAGCUAGGUAGCCAGAAAUACAAUGCAAACUCGUGAAACUUCCAUUCCUACUUUGGUGAAUUACAAUGUUUGGAUAAUAGAAACAUUGCUCUACAUAAUGAGAUUAAUAGAUAUUACAUGUGUUUGAAGACCAUAUAGAUCCUGAUGGCUUACACAGCCUUUAAAGGGAAAUAAAUCUCUGAAAUAAAUGGUGAUUUGUAAUGUUCAGGCAAA